UUGUCAAGUUUGUAACUUGCCGUUUGAGUUCACUCGAUAUAGAAAUGUCGAAUAAAUGAAUUGGCCCUAAACAAACGUUAGUAAAACGAAGAAUGACUGAAUGACUAACAGUCAAUAAACGAAUUAGAAACGUUAGUAAAACGAAUCCACGAAUCGUCUGCUACUAAUGGUCGCAUUCUAGAAUGUUCACGGUCUAUUUUUAGACGAGAUUUCGAUAUGUUACAUCACGUGACCUGUGAAACGGAUAAAAGAUAGAAUUUUCUGGAAAAUGAUUCAUUGUGCGUGAGGAAACAGAGAACAAUGGAACAGCUUUAUUCGUUAACUAUAGGUAAGAGAUCACGAAGUAAACUCUUUAGAACAGAAAAUGUUUAUGUGACCGUGGAUUUUCAUCAAGGCUGGUCAAGAAUUUCACCCCAAGAUGUACCAAGACAGUUAUUUUUCACUUUUGAGAAAUUGAUUAGAGAGAUUGCAGAGCAGGUAGAAUGUAGUCCAACGGAUUACUUACGUUUUUCUCUUCAUCACCCAGGCUUGAAAACCCCAGCUUUCAUCCCCUUUCAACAAUACGCAAACGUUUCGGCUCUUCAGCUGUUAAACAAAGUCGCCACGAUUCUUCAAUCCAACGAUCAGUUUCGGCUUGAUGAACGAAUGAGUUUAGAGGUAUGCCAUGUUAAUCCACCCGAUGGUGUGGGUUCCGGGGGAGAUCAAGUUUGUAAACGCAACGUGGGUGAUUUUGGCGAAUAUUUGAAGAGGAAAAAAUGCCUGGUCACCAUCAAGAACCAAGACGGCUUAUGCUUUCAGCGCGCCAUCGUCGUGGCCAAGCAUUAUGCCAUCAAAGUACACACGAAAGAGUGGGAAGCUACACGCGAAAAACUAAGGAAAACGGGACCCAACAGUUUCCAAACGAGAAGGGCACAUCGUUUAAUUGAAAAAGUAGGCGGAUCGAUGGAUAGCUGUCGAGGACGGGCAGAUUGGGAAUUAUACGGCAAAGUUUUAGGCAAAGAAGGAUACCAACUGAAUGUAUAUUCUCGACAACUUUUUGGCAAAGCGGCUUAUAGAUCCAACAAGUACGUGGAAGGAACGCCGAAACAUCUCAAUUUGUACCAUCACGACACACACUAUGACGUCAUCGCAAAAAUGGCUGCUUUCGUAGAGCGUUCUUAUUUCUGCGAGACUUGCCAAGUAGGAUACAACCACCCCAGUGACCACAAGUGUCACGUGAUGUGUCAAAAAUGCCGUCAGCCUGGACCUGUAUGUACCGGUGAUCUUAAGAGGGUGUGUUCCGAUUGUCAUCGCCUGUUUAACAGUCAGUCCUGUUUCGACCGUCACAAAGCCCCUCGUACGACAGUUUCUGUGUGUGAACGAUGGCAGCGGUGUUUGAAAUGCGGAAAAGAGUGGGACACCAUCAAAAUGCACAGAACAUUGGACCAGCACGUCUGCGGAGAAUACCAUUGCAAAGUUUGUGGUGUUUUUCACACCAAGGCCGAUCGGUGGUGUUCUAUUCAGAAAGCGAAAUGUCCGAUCGAUGUCAAUGGAAACAAAGAAGAUCAAAUAGCAGCACUGCAACGGAAAGAUCUGACGCGUUUUGUCUUUUUCGACUUUGAAUGUCAGCAGGAUUCGGGAGAUCACAUACCCAACUUGUGUGUUUUGCAGCUCUGUUGUCAUUUCUGCAUUCAAAGCAAAGAUCCCUGUCCAUACUGCGAUUCGUAUUGGAACCAAGAAAAAGAAAUGGUAAUGAAGGGACCCGAUACGCUAGACCAAGUGGGUCGUUGGUUUAUUCGUCUGGCUGGUCGUCGAAUGGUUGAGGGAGGAACCGCAAACCGCAACGUCAAGAAAUCAUCCCAAGUGAUCUGUGUAGCCCAUAAUUUCAAGGGUUACGAUGGUAUAUUGAUGAUGCAGACCGUUCACAAACACGCCAUUGCUGCUCCCGAAGUGAUUAUGACCGGUGGUAAAGUAAUGACUUUAUCCAUUGGAUGCCUCAAGUUUGUGGAUUCUUUAAACUUUUUACCGAUGCCUCUUCGGAACAUGCCGGCAACAUUUGGCCUCACGGAAAUGAAGAAGGGUUAUUUUCCGCAUUUUUUCAAUAAACCCGAAAACGCCAGCUACGUUGGACCCUAUCCGCCUCAAGAAACCUGCGACCCUGAUGGGAUGAACGCCAAGGAGAGGGAAAAGUUUUUAAAAUGGUACCACGAACGCAAACAGGACACGUUUGAUUUUAGCAGAGAAAUUCUAGCCUAUUGCCAGAGCGACGUCGAUAUUUUGAGAAGAAGCUGUGGAGAGUUUCGUCGCAUCUUCCUUAACGACACCGGAAUCGAUCCAUUAGCCUCGAGCAUGACGUUGGCAGCGGCGUGUAAUCGAGUGUACCGAACGCAUUAUUUGCCCCUGGACACUAUUUCCAUCAUUCCUAGAGCAUUGAUGCAGAAUUCCGGAAUGGGUACAGAUUGGCGGCGAUUCCAACCCCGACAGCAGUCCAACAAAGCAUUGAGAUGGUUAGAAUGGGAACAACAUACUCGAUUUUUAGCCUCAUUACGGAACGGAACGACCAAACCCAACAUCAGGCACGCAGGCAAUGGAGGAGAAAUAAAAGUUGGACCGUACAGUUUGGAUGGUUAUGAUCGGGACAACAACGUCGCCUACGAAUUUUUUGGUUGUGCCUUCCACGGUUGUCCCACGUGCUAUCCUGGACCCGUUCAAGACGUCAAACAUUUCCACCCUUACGACCCCUCACGAACCAUGAGAAAAUUGUACGCUCAAACCAUGCAACGACUCGAUGAUUUGAAACCAAGCUCGGGGUUUUUGCCUGCCUAUUUUUGGGUAAUUUUUGGUCUAGAUUUGGAAUUUGAUGUCUGAAAUUGCAUUAUCUUUCAGAUUUGGUGAGAUGAUGAGAGACCUAAAGGUGGAAGGCUAAUUCUAAAAAAUAGUCGUUUUGUGAAGUGCCAAACUCUAUCCGAUGACUAUGACAUUGAGAAUUGGUCAUUGAGAAUUGGUCAGACUUUCAUUCGACAUAUUGGAAAGCUUUCAAAAAGAUUUCUGGAAAAAGUUGUAGAAGGUUGAAUUUCGUGUUUUAACAUGGCAAAUGAAUUAGUGUGAAACAAUUUUUGUAUUUUUACUUAUAAAUAUCAUGUUUACCUUGUGGUCAAAGGGAGAUAAUUUAUCAACUAACUAUGACUAAUAAAUUACCUCCCUUGAAUAUUGGUUGAAAUUAUUGAGUUGUUCACUUUUUAAAGUGUGUAAAACAAUUUUUUUAUUUUUACUUAUAAAUAU